CGUGUGUAGUUGUGAGAGACAUUUUUGCGAAUAAAUGUACUUUUGCACGCAAAACUAGCAAUUCUACCUUGACAUGAAAUCUAUGCGCGAAAAAGAGCAACAUCUACUGUUACUUGUCUUGUGGGUCAAGCCAGCACCGAUUCUAUACGGGUAACUGCAAUUCUUGGCAUCCAGCGUGCAAUAGUUGCAUUUUGCCGUGUUUACCGUAAAGACGCGAAGAGAGCGAAAAAAAAUUUUUUAACAAUGGAAGAGAUUGACCGAAAACAGAUCAUUCGCUUCUUGUUAUCGUGCUGAAUGGAGAUUGUUUAUUUUUUCUCAUACCGAAACCUAAAAAACAAAAAAAUUUUUUUUUUGAAUAAAAAACGUGAUGGUGUUGGAAAAAAUUUGCAUUUUACUCACUUGUCAUAUGAUUCCAAGAAGAAAAAAAAUGUUUCGUGUGUAUUUGUGUUGAUUUGAGGUUCGGCAUGGUAUAUUUAAGACAUGCAGCUUUUUCGGAUUAGUUGUUGUUUUUACGUUUUAUGGUGAACACACGAAUUUCUGCUCAUAAUUUGAUAAUUUAUUGCAUCAUACCUCGUUCAAGUGUUUAACUAAAAUUACGAAAAAAUAGAAAAAAAUUUAAAAAAAUGAAAUUUUACGGAAUAUUGUUUUCAGCUGUUUUGAUCGCCGUAACUAACGGAGAUGUUUCCCAUUUAAGUCACGAUGAAUAUUCAACGACGACCGUUAAUUACCCUCCAAGGCCAUACGAGUUUGGAUAUUCAGCAGGAAGAUUUCCUGGUCAUGUCGAUCGCACGCACGUUGAAGUUGGAGAUGGCGCGGGAACUGUCAAAGGUGCCUUUUCGUAUGUUGAUCCGAAGCAACAAGUGCGCGUUGUUGAAUAUGUUGCCGACGAAUAUGGGUUUUAUCCGAAACUUUCGCAUGAAUUGAAGGCGCCAGAAGAUACGGUUGCCGUUAAAUUAGCUGCGGAUCGUCAUCAUCAAUUGUAUAGUAAGAUUGCUGAGUCGCAUGCUAAUCCUCAUUUGCCGACUGCAGGCCCGAAAAAAAGUGCCGCCGUCGAACGUGCCGAGCAAAAACAUUUGGAUCUUUUUGCUAAAAUUGCUGCCGAACAUGCUAAAUUAGGUGCUGAGAGAGAAGCUGAACGACUUGCUUUCGAAGCGACGUCAAUUCGAAAUGAACACGAAGAAUAUUAGAAACUCGCGGAACUUUCAAAAUAACUUUUAAUGACUUGAAAUUACUGAAAUACUCAAUUUUAAACGAAUUUUUUGUAAAUAUUAUUUUUUAUAAAAUAAAAUAAAAAUUUUUAAAUACGAAUUUUU